AUGACCUUCGCCCACAGCCAUGCGACGACGGACACGCCACCGUGGCAGGCGCCACUGAUGCGAUGCGACGAGUACGCGGCCGCGCGGGCUUUCGAUUUGGCGCGCGCCUGCUACCAAGCGUUGCUGGCUGACCACCGCGCUGCCUUUGACGUGCAGCACGCCUACGCGCGGCUGCUUCUGGCGCAAGGCGCCGACGCAACGGCUGCGCUGGAAGCGGCGACCGUGCUCGCGUCGCCGCCGUACGAGCAGGCCCACCUCGAUGCCUUCCAGGCGCUCGGCAUGCUCUACAGUGACCACGGCGACCUGGACCGCGCCGCGGCUGUCUAUACGAUUCCGCUCCUGACGACGACCAAUCGGUCGGACGCACGGCUGGUGCCACUCCUGGUGAACCUUGGCGCCGUGCGGCUUGCGCAAUGGUCGCUCGAUGACGCCCGCGCCAUCACACUGGAAGCCUUGGCAUUGGCGCCCAAUAGUGCCGCUGCAUACCACAACCUCGGCAGCAUCUACCACAAUCUGCAAGACGUUGUGUCGGCCCAGCCCUGCCUCCAACGUGCGACCGAGCUCGACCCUGCCAACCACCACUCGUUUCUCGGCCUUGCGCUCGUGGCCUGCGACGUCUGCGACGGUGUCACGAGCACAAAAGCCUUUGACACAGCGCUCGCACUGCCAAGCAGCCAUGGCAGCCGCGACACGAUCCGACUCAUGCAGGCAAUGGCCGAGCUACCUCGCGUCACCCGCUCGAUCCACGACGUCACCGAUUCGCGCGCCCGGUUCGCCAUGCGACUGGCCGCCUUGGCAGAGGACGUGCCAUUGCAGCUGGGCGACAAUCCAUUCCAGACGAUCGGGUGCGGCUCGAUGGGGUACUUUCUCAUCUAUCAAGGCGGCAUCGACCGGCGUUUGCGAGAGCAGCAUGCAGCCAUCUACCGCGCGUCCAUGCCGUCGCUCUCGUUUGUCGCUCCCCAUGUUCAAGCCCAUCGCCAAUCGCUCAAUGUGCAUGUGGCCGAAGGUCGACGCAUUCGCCUCGGGGUUGUAUCUGGCUUCUUUUUUGAACACACGGUCGCCUUGUUGCUCCAAGGGGUCUUGACCCAACUGGACAGGGCGACGUUUGAGAUCUACCUCCUCCGCACAACGCCCAAGCACGACCACGUCACGCAGCACUUGCAGGCGUGCGCCGACCACGAUAUCGUGCUGCCCCGUGAUGUCGUGGCCGCGCAGCACGUCAUCGCGGCCUUGGCACUAGACAUUGUCCUCUUCUCCGAGAUUGGUAUGGACCCCUCCACGUACUUUCUCGCGUUCGCGCAGCUCGGCCUGCGCAGCGUGGUCUUUUGGGGUCACGCCAUCACAUCGGGGAUUUCGACCGUCGACUAUGCGAUCACGUCGCCUCUCUUCGGGACGCACCAGGCGCACUACACCGAGUGCUUGUAUGCAAUGCCGGGCCUCACCACCGCCUUUUACAAGCCGAUUCUAUCGCGAGACGACGUUGCCGCCGACGCGCUUGUGGGCGAGCUCCAGAAGCUUCAAAGCACCAUCUACCUCGUGCCACAAGUAUUGUACAAGCUACACCCGGCCUUGGAUGCACUCGUGCGCCGCAUCCUCGAAGCCCACGACGACGCGGCGGUCGUUUUCCUCAAGGGCGACCGAACUGCGCUGGCCGACAUUGUGUACGAGCGCUGGGUCAAGACGAUGCCGCCGGCCGUCAUGGCACGCCUAUUCUUUCUGCCGCUCAUGUCCCGACAGCAAUUUCUGCACAUUUGCGCCGCUGCCGACGUUGUGCUCGACACCUUUCCGGUCGGUGGCGGCCGCACGACGUUGGAGAUUCUGGCGGUCGGGACACCGAUCAUUGUCCACGAACCGCGGACGACGAUUCUCCAGCUCAGCGCGGCCAUGUACACGCUGAUGGACAUGCCCGAGCUGAUCGCGUACUCGGACGACGACUAUGUCGCCAAGGCAUUGGCCGUCGGGCGCAACGCGACGUUUCGCGCUGCACUUUCACAGCGCAUUUUAGACCGGCACGACGUCUUGUACAACCAGUCGAGCGUUGUGGACGCCUGGUCCACCAUGCUGCAGAGCAUCCUCGCCACGCCGCCGCCGCUGCCGGGCACAUGCAAUGUGCUCCCGGCCGACGCCGACCCGGUUGUUUACGGCGUUGACCUAUACCUGCAAGUGCUCCACGAAGCCUUUGGGUUUCGAGUGCGCGCGUCGGAGCGACAUCGCACGACGGAAGUGGCAGCGGCUUUUGGCCACGCGCACGCCCUCGAGCCGCUCUACGUCGCGUUUAUCGAGAAUGUGCUGCACAAGGGCGUCGCACGGCUGGAGCAGCCCAUUGUUGCAACCGUGCGCGUGCCAUCGCCGGGUCUCGAGCCCGAUGUGCUCGCCGUCGACGUUCGCGUCGGCGACGACAUCUGGGUUGCGAUCUUUUACGCCAUGUGGCAGCACCGGGUGCCGACCAUGCUGGACACGGCAUACCGGAUCGUCGACGCAUGGCGGGCGAUCGCUGGGCAGAUCGACACGACAGUGGCGUGGCGGGCGGUCCGGGAUCGGUUUCCAGAGACCAACUACGUCCCGACGCCGGUCGUUGCGCGCUGCGUGACGCUCGUGCUCACGACGUGCAAGCGGCUCUCGCUGUUUCUGCACACGAUGGCGUCGCUACGCGAGCUCAUGGCGUCGCCACUGGUGUGCGCAACGCUCGUCAUUGACGACCACUCGAGCGAGGACGACCGCCGUGUCAUGGAGAGCACGUUUCCGACCGUUCGCUUUGUCUACACGCGCGUCAAGGGCCACGCGGUCUCGAUGAACACGCUCCUGUCGCUGGUGAGCACGCGCUUUGUCUUGUACGUUGAAGACGAUUGGGUCUUUGUCGCCAAUGCAACAAGCCUCGUGGCCGAUGCGCUCGAGAUCUUUCAAAGUCAUUGGAACGACCCCCACACACGUCUGGCGCAGGUGCUACUCAACGACCAAGAAAGCGGGUGGCUCCAAAGCACGCCUUCGGGCAGCGUGAGCUACAAGGUGCUCGAGUUUGGCGUCGCGGACCCGACGCACAAGAUGGCGCACUGGCCUGGCUUUUCGCUCAACCCAGCUGUGUGGGACCUCGAUCGACUGAAAGCGCAGCGCCUCGUGUUCGAUACGACGUCGGAUGUGUUUGAGCGUGGCUUCUCCCUGGAGGUGCGGCGCGCGGGCUUGCAUGUCGCAGCGCUGCGUCAGCGCGCGGCCGAGCACAUUGGUGCGCCACCCGGUUCAAACGCGUCGGCGUACGUUCUGAACGGGCUUCCCCGACGCUUUGAUUUGCAAGCGUUUUAGCGUACGAUGGCCACGAUUUUGACGACACGGACCGAAUGAUUGUACAGCUUGAUUUGGAU